AUGCACUCCACAGGCAAGUCGGGCAAGAAUAAAUCUUCCGGCUCGCGCGGCAAGGAGGAGGCGUGGUCGGCCCUGCAGGCCGCGGCGGGCGGCGCCGCGUCCCUGGAGGACAUCUCGGAGUUGCGCGCCAUCGAGCGCGCCGGCUGGCGGCGUCGCAACCGCUGGCUGAACGACAAGGCGCUGCGCGACGGACACCUGGCCAAGUUUGGUCGCAUGACCGCGGAGGACAUGCAGAGCCAGUUCAACCCGCCGCCCUUCGGCGGCCCCCAGCGCCCCACGCUGUUCGCCGAGGUCGCGGGCCCCGAGCAUGCCGCGCUGUGGGACCACUUCCGCAGCAUCACAAUGGAGCGGGAGGAGAAGGUCCUGGACCGCUGGUCACAACACAACACCCAGCAGCGGCGCGCCGGCGCCGGCGCGGGGCCGGGGGACGCGCCCGGCCCGCCGGGCGCGUCGCCGGCGGCGGCGGUGCGGGCGUGGGGGCGGGUGAGCCGCGCCGCGCGGGCCGCGCUCAAGAAGGCCAACCCUCACUCAGUGAUGGAGCUGGAGCACGAGGUGCUUGGGCUGGUGGAGGGCGGCGACCCGGCGGCAGAGCUGCUGAUGGACGUGCCUGACGGCUUUGGGCGCCUGCUGGUGCACGGCCUGUGCGAAUUCCACGGCCUGCUGUCGGCGACGCGCAACGUCGGGGGCCGAGCGCUGGUGGCGGUGUACUUCCGGCGGGAGCCUGAGGCGCGGCGGGCUGCUCAACAGCAGGAGCAGGAGCAGGAGCAGCAGCAGGCGGCGCAGGUGGCGCAGGGCGCUGCUUCGCCGCUGCUGUCACAGGACGAUGGCGGCGGCGAGGGCGCGUCCGGUCAGUCAAGGGAAGGGCAGCAGCAGCAGCAGCAGCAGCAGCAGCAGCAGCAGCAGCAGCAGCAGCAGUAUGGCCACAGUCGCGACACCCCCGAGAUAACGUGCGCCGACAUACUGCUUGCGCUGCGCGAGGCGGCGCCGGACGGCGGCUUCGGCGCGGCAACGCUGGGGCGGUACGUGCGGUCGAUGCACGUGGGGUCUGACGCCAUGUCUGAUGACUUCGUGCUCGUGUGA